UGAAUAAUUCUAUGAUUUACUCCUUAUGAUUUCCUCUAUAGACUUAAAAAAAGUCAUGUCAUCUGCAAUUCAAAACAUCAAUGACAAACUAACAUUAUUCAAUAUGAUUUCCUAAAUUCUCCAUCAUAUUCCCUUUAGGAUUAAAGACCAAAAUGUCAGAUCUUUUCGAAAUUGAAGACGAAUGGCAGAUAUCAUCGAUUGUUUCAAGCCAGGAAACUUCCUAUUCUUCUUAUUCCAAAUUGAAUAUUCAAGCCUCUUCCGAGAAUAAUAUAUUCGAAUAUAAUUGCUCAGAGGAUUACUGUCAAAAUGUUGAUAUUGGCAGAGUUACAGUAAAAAGAAGUCAUAGUAAAAGCCGCCAACGAGGAAGAAAAAAAUUAAUAAAAUAUGAAGAGGAUGAACAAAGUCAUCAAUCAGAUUCUAAAGAAAAACGAAGCAAUUCUCGACAGAGAUCACAGAAAACAACAUCAGGAACGAACAAUAAUGAAGAGGGAAGUCCACGUAUAGCAAUCCAGUUUGACUUGAAUAAACUGCUGGAGGAAAUUUCGAAAGCUGAUAGAAAAACAUGUGCAUUAUGUGGAAAACCAAAGAAACGCACCAAGGAGCAAACAAAUGAAAAUUCAUCUAAAAAAUGUUUCAACUCGAAAGCCCUUAAAAAUGGUAAAUUCUCAUUCUUUCUUAAUGACCAAUUAAAAAUAACAAUAGAAGAUGACGCAUCAUCUCAACGAAACAAAGCUAAGAAAGAUCUCGAAACUCCACAAAAAUCAGAUACUAUACGCAAAAACAACGACCAGAGAAAAGCAUCGACUUACACCAAUUUAUCUGACGCAUAUGCUGUUGAAACAGUGAGCAAGAUACCCUGUCCUUCUUCAUGUCCUAUGGUAAAACUUCAGCGUCUCAUCAAUCCAGAUGAUUCGAAAAUCCUGAGUUGUAUUACGAAAAAAUCUCAAAUUACCAAUACUCAUAACCCCAAAGAUAAGAAAAACAAAUCGUUGCAAACUUCGAGAACAAAAGAAUGCGGAACAUCUUGCCCAAGAAAAAUCCAAAAACGGAAAAUGAAGAAUACCUUACAACCAGAUGAUAUAAAAGUAACAUGCAAAGGUGAAAACGGAGAUAAAAAUAUAACGCAGGAAAUAGUGAAAGACGGUGACAAUGUUAAGAUCAUAAUCAAAGUGAAGAAACCGAACACCCCAACUGAUUCUCAUAGAAAAUAUUCCACGAGUUCUGCUAAUUUGAAGUCCGAAGAGGAGUUGCCAAAUCUCGAAGAAGACGCAAGCUAUCAAAUGAGAAGUUCCAUUCCCUCUAGGAAGUCAUUCGAUGAUGAAACCGCUUCAAGAUGUUCAACAAAACAAGUGUGCUCUAGGUGGAAUUGCCCGUUCAAAACGGUUAAGAAUGAAAAUUCGACAAUAGAUCAACCGUCCAAAACCGGUAAAGUUUCAACUAUAAACAUAAUUAUGUCUCCAAGAUCAACAGUAGAUAAAAUAUCGAAGAGCCAAGAAACAAUAGAUCGUGGAACGAAUGAAUGUUGGUCCAAACUUGAGGAAUUUAUCGAUAAGAAAAUACAAGAAUUUAGACCAGAUAGCAAAAUGCGGCAUGAUUCCAAUAAAUACAUAAGAUCUAAACGAGCAACAACAAAGAGAAAACAUCCCCUAAAAAAGAAAGUCAUGGUUAAUCGAAGUCUAGCCGUACCAUCAUCAAUGUACCUUAUAAACUAUAAAGAUAGAAGAAGAGACAGCGGUAAUAGUUCCAGUAAAAAUAAAAUAUCUAAAGUGUGUUUUAACGAUGAAGUCGAAAGAAUUCGGGCUAGUGAUAGCAAAACAAAAAGUUGCUCUUCUGAACAAACAUUUCAAGGCAGAUCAGAUUCUGGAAGAAUUCUAGGACGAAAAGGUAACAAGCCAACAGAUAGCCAAAUAAAACUUCUUUGCAGAAUAGAGUCGAUAAAUCUUCACGAAUCAACAAAAUCAGAAGGAGAUAUGUUUAAUAAAAAAUGUAUAUAUCGUCCUAAAUUAGAGGGACCAAAAUCUCUUUGCACCUUCAAUGGAAAUGUUUGCCAAAAAAAUUGCUUAGAAAAUUUUGAUUUUACAACACAUCAGGGUAGGCGCAGGAGUCGUAGUGUGGAGGAAGAAGAAAAAUUAGAAGAAAUAUCUAUUCAAACGGAUUUUGAGCUCGAGCAUCCUCUUCUGUUGAAAAUUUCAGGUGUACCAGUAGAUAGAUCAAAGUUUAAUGUAGCAAAUAUAUCUUCGAGCGAAAUUUCAAGAACUUGCUGUGAAUGUAAUGUAAAUGAAAAUGGGAACAAUGAAAAAGAACCUAAUAGGAAAUUAUCAGGAAAUUUUGGAAAAAGGCAAAGUGUAAAUUUUGAGGAAAUGUCGUUUUCUUCUUUGGAAAAUGAUAUAUCUAAUGGAUCUCAUAAAAGGAAAUCAUCAAAAUCGAAUAUCAAGAAAUCCAAUGACAGCCCAGAUAAAUCAAUUUCAACUUCUGAAGAUCCUACUCUUGAAAACAUACGUUUGAGAAUAUUUUUAGAUGAAGAAAAUUGAUAAGGAGAUGUGAGAUAUUCAGAUAAUGUUAUAGCAAUGUCUGAAAUAAUCAUCCGUCCAGAACGUUGCAUUAUCGAAUGAAAUAAACAAUAUAUUUAAAUCUAUUGUUUCA